UUUCCAAGAUGGCGGCCGCAGUGAGUGCAGACAAGAAUGUUGUAGGCCUUCUUAACGGCCUCGCCAAGAGACAAUUCUUCGGAGAAUCCGAAAUUACAGAUAGUUUUCUUAAAGUAGAGCUCUUUCCCGACCUAACUGAUGAAGAAUUUGAAGCAAUGCUAGGGAAAUACGAGCUUCUUUUACGGAAUAUUGUUGCUUCUGACAUGGACUUCAACCAACUUGAGGCGUUUCUCACCUCGCAGACGAAAAAACGCGAAGGCGCUCUAAAAUUAGAACAAGCUGCUGCUUUCAUGAAAUUCUGGAAGUCCCAGAAGACUAAGAUUCACGACAGUUUGGUGCAGAAAGCGUCUUGGAAUAAUAAAUUGAAGGAUGUUAGUUGGAGGAUUGAUUUGAAGACUCAGGCAAGAAGUAUUGAGCAGAUCAACACUCCUGUUGCUAUAGUGGAAAUGCAGGUUGAGAAUGCUGCAACUAGACAUAAUGGGAAAAACGGCAACAAGGAUGUGGACAUAUUCCAAUUUGAAAUGGAUGAGAGCCAAAUUAACAAGUUGGUUUCAAAUAUUGAAGACAUUGAAAAGCAGCUUGCAUCAUAUGCCCAGUCCUAAACAUAACAGCUUAUCUUACUAAAGAUAUUAUGAUUGCUGUCCAUGAGGACUUAAAUACUUUACUAUGAGCCAGAAACAAGGCAUAACCAAACUUACUGCGGUUUUCAAUAUUCUGCGAACUGGGACAGCUUGUGUUGAAUUGGUUUUUACUGUCACUAGUCAAGAAUAUAAAAGCUAUGCCUUUAAUUUUUGAUUGACUGAAGCGAAAGCCAAAUUUCAGUGUGCAGCUCACAACGACCAAGUUCACAGGAUAUCUAAAACCACAGUGAACUAAUUUGGCCAGUGAACAUGAGGUAGUGACUGAUUGGCAAAUAUUUUAACCCCUGCAGUCUUAACAGUUAAUUUACUGACAAUAUAAAACUUGUCGCACAAAACUCUAACAUCGUAAGUUGCCUGGCAGCUUUUCAUGAUUUUUUUUUGAUUCUGAGAAACCUGCUAAAUACCUGGAUUUGUAUUGAGAUAAGAUACCUGGAAUUGUAUUAGGCUAGUGAUUUCAAAAUUAAGGGUUGAUAAAUUGUAGUGGGACAACAUACAGUGUAAAAUGUGUAUAAUAGAAACAAACUAAAGAAAUUGUACAUCAAAAUUAUCAUUUUUGUAAACAAAAAAUUACUAAAUUCUCCAAGGUUAGAUAGAUUUUUAAUAGUACAAAUAAAUAAGAGAAGCAGUCUCUCAAUAAAGUCCAUAAAAAAACUCAUGGUACAAGAGGUGCCCUGACGAAGACUCAUGGCUAAAAAUAACAGCUAGUCAGUUACCAGUCAUGACGUCAAACCAAAAUAGUUUUAGUUCAAUCAUACUAUGUUUCUGGCUCUCAACUUUACUCGUCAAAAUCAGCAAGGCAAAGAUUUGACUGGACAAGUUCCAAUUCUUGCCAGACAUUGUCUGAUGACUCGCUGUUAUUUUUAGCCCUGGAGAUGGUCUCGUGCUCAAGCUUUUUCAUUGGAUGGGUAGCCAUCUCACACACCAUGAUUGGUUAAUUUUAAGGAUGUCAUUGGUUCUGUACAGAAAUCUUUUUUAAAAUUUCGUCCAAGGGUUUCAUAAAGUUUUGAUAUGAUGGGAGAAGGUCAUGAACUAGCCAAAGACUCUAUAAAGUGAACAUUUUAUAAAAUACUAAUCUAUAAAUCAUAAUUAAAACAAUUUUUACUGCAGCAUUCUCUGACCCUUAGAGAAACCCCUUUUCACCUUUAAGGGCUUAGUACUGUCGUAACACAAUGUAAGAGUUCAAGUUCAUUAUAAUUUACAAUAUUA